GCGCGAGUAGCGUCAGGUGAAUUUUUCCACUACGACGCGAUUAGCAGAGAACCUCCACUGAAGCUCAAGACUUAGGAACUAUAUACUAACUAACUAAACCCGGUUAACCCUUCAAAACAGGCGCGAGCUCAUCUAAAGCGACGCUUGCUUGCUUGCUUCUGUCAGCGUGAAGCAGUGAUGGACUUCCUUGCUGGAUGCAUUGGAGGUGCUGCCGGGGUCCUCGUCGGACAUCCGUUUGACACGGUUAAGGUUCGUCUUCAGGUCCAGAGUGUGGAUAAACCGCUUUACCGAGGGACUUUUCACUGUUUCCAGUCCAUCAUACGUCAAGAGUCAAUGUUUGGCCUUUAUAAAGGCAUUGGGUCGCCCAUGAUGGGCCUGACGUUCAUCAACGCCAUCGUCUUUGGUGUUCAGGGCAACACCAUGCGCAUGUUGGGCGAGGAUACGCCCAUGAACCAGUUCCUAGCCGGAGCGGCGGCCGGCACCAUCCAGUGCGUGAUCUGCUGCCCGAUGGAACUGGCCAAGACCCGAAUGCAGAUGCAAGGAACGGGCGAGAAGAAGUCGUCCUCUCGGAAGGUCUACAAAAACUCGCUGGACUGCCUGGCUCGCAUUUACCAGCGCGAGGGUUUGCGAGGAGUCAACCGAGGAAUGGUUACGACUCUCAUCCGAGAGACGCCGGGAUUCGGCGUUUAUUUCCUUGCGUAUGACCUCCUGACGCGUUCGCUGGGAUGCGAGCCAGAGGAUCCGUACAUGAUUCCCAAACUGCUGUUCGCCGGAGGCAUGUCGGGAAUCGCGUCUUGGCUUUCAACGUAUCCUGUGGACGUGAUAAAAUCCCGACUCCAAGCCGAUGGGGUCGGCGGAAAGUACCAGUACAGCAGCAUCAUGGACUGCACAAGGAAGAGCAUCCAGCGCGAAGGUUGGCGGGUUUUUACACGCGGACUUACUUCCACUCUUUUACGGGCUUUUCCGGUCAACGCAGCCACUUUCGCUACUGUCACACUCUUCCUUUUGCACGUACGUCCGAUUUAG